UCCAGUUUUCACUGGGUCGACGAUUGCAAUGACUUAAUUUACAGUUUCUCUGAAGAGCAGAUCUUCUGACAAUGUCCAGGAUAAAUAGAAGUAUAUAAUCGAAGAAAACAACAGAAUAAACAUGGAAUAAAGAAAUGACUUGUAGGGAACAUGAAUUAAUGAGAAGAAAGUUGAGAUGGCAGCCCGUGGAACAACAUCAAGUACAACUUCUCUUCCUCCAUUAAUCAUAACGCCGCCUACCGCAUUACCACCAAGAAUCAUACCGUCUUCAGUUCCAGUGACAGGUACCUCAAGUACAUUUGAAUUGAGGGAGGAACAAAAAAGAUGGCUUGUUAUCGGCAUAUGCUUGCACAAGAUUCUUCUUCCUACCUUGAGAGAUUACAUCAAGUCAGAAAUGCUAACGCAUUAUGCAAACCUGAAAAGUAAUCAUAACAUUGACAAGCAGAAGUACCCCACGCGUCUAAAAAAAGAUAGCAAGCAUAAACUGAAUUAUGGCAGCAUCAACAAUAAUGAAGCCAAUCACGGGAAAAAAGUUAAACUUUACGACUAUGGAGUGAAAUCUGAAGUGGACUUAGCCAAGUUGUAUUUGUCACCUAAUAUGGCCAAAUUUUCAGGCCUUGAUGAUAGCUGUGAUCUGUCUGCUGUGCUUGGGAUUCUGCCUUUAGCAAGCGUCUUUUCUUCUGUGGUUCAAAGUCUAUCAAAUGAUGUAAAGACAGACAUUCGCAAUGAAUGGGGCCAUUGUAAUUUUGGUGUCUGGAGCAAAACAAAGUUUCUGAAGUGUUUUCAACAAAUGGAUUCUCUUGUGAGAGCUUUCAAAUUGUCACCGGCAGAACAGAAAAGGGUUACAGACGAGUUAAUAGACUGGGAAACUAAAGGAGUGCAACUUUGCACUGGCAACAUGGUUGAUGCAGAUUUAGUAAAAUUUGUGCAACAAGAAGUUUUUCAACUGCAUGAUGAAAUAAAGCGUCUAUGGCACAACCACGAUGAUGAAGUACAGAAAAUUACCGAUUCAUUACAAACUGCAGAAGAAGCUAUUCAAAAGUAUCAAGAAGUUACAAAAAGUCAACUAGAGUCUUUCAAAACAUCCCAUGAAAGUACAAUCCACAAAGUAAAUGAACUUGUUGAUGUUACAACCGAAAUUGCGAAAGAUGUGGAUUCCUUGAAAGCAUCUCAAAAUGAAAUGGAAACUGAAAUAGUCAGUGUUAAUCAAACCCAAGACGUAUUUGCCCAAAGAAUCAAUGAAGGGGAAAUGAAGUAUGAAAUCCUGGAUAAAAGAGUUGAAGCCCUAGAAUCGGCUAUCGAAACAAGAAGUAUUGACCGAGCUAUCAAUAUUUUCCAGGCACCGAAUCGUAUUCCGUGUUUUCAUGGUCGUGGCCAAGAGCUACUUGCACUUGAAGGGCAAAUGAAAGAUAUAGUGAGCCCAUGCAAAAUGACAGCAGUUUGUGGCCUUGGUGGAACUGGAAAAACGUCACUUGCUAUAGAACACAUUUGGCAGAAAAUAGAAUCGUACAGCGGUGGUGUGUUCUGGAUAUCAGGAGAAAGUAACCAUCUUUUUAAUCUUUCUGUUAGUGAAAUGGCUCGACAGAUAGGAACUUUUGAUGAAGACUUUAAAACCACUUUGUCCAAAACAUUGGACUGGCUACAGAAUCGACAUGAUACAUGGUGCCUGGUGAUUGACAACUUGGACGAACUGGAACUUUCAACUGACAUGAUGAAAUUAGUUGGGGGGCACUGGAAACGGCAAUCUUGUGGGCAUAUACUGAUUACUACAAGAAGAGAAAAGAAAAAAUUGAAAGAAGAUAUUUCAGAUCUUACUGAAGACAGCUGUAUUGAACUGAAAAAUCUUUCAGCCAGUGAGAGUGCUGAGUUCAUAAAGAAAAGAACUGAAAGGCAUGGAGAUGAAGACGAUAUUGUGAUUGAAGAACCAGUUGUGGAAUUAGGUUGCCUUCCAUUGGCACUCGACCAAGCAGCAGCAUUUAUCAAAAACGGGAAAGACAUAUCAUUUUCUGAUUAUCUUGAGCAGUACAAAGCACAAAGAUUGAAAACACUGAAAAGAUCUAAAGCUCACUAUCCAGUUCAAGACACUUCAAAAGAUCGAAUCGCUGUGCAUACCACAUGGCAGCUAAACUUUGAAUACGUGUCUCAAUUUUCAGAGGAAUAUGGAAUCGGCCAGGCAGCUGCCCUGGUCAUGGAGGUUUGUGCUUUCCUUUCGCCUGAUGACAUUCCAAACGAAGUUCUUAACCAAGGUUUGCCUAAAAUUAACAACGAAGAUUUACUUAAGUGCGUAUCAACUGCAUUUGGAAAAAAUGAUAUAUCGAGUGUUCUCACCAAAUUCUCGCUUUUCCAAAAGUUUAGCAAAAAGUCUUUCAGUGUUCAUCGUCUUGUUCAAGAGGUAAUACAAGAUAAAGUCAAUGAAGAGGAUCGAUUAAAAGAAGUCCUUCAGUGUGCUUCAAGGAUGCUUUAUUAUGCGUUUGCUAACAACAGAUCACCGGUUGAGGUGUGCCAGAGUUUCCAGGGUGAUUCAGUAUUCAACCAAGAGAAUCCUCCUUCUUUAAACUUAUGGGGAAAACUUGGCGCUCAUGCUUCUGUUUUGCUAUAUCACUUGAUACAGAGCUCACAAAAGCAUGAUGAAAUUCGACAACAAGUACUCUAUAGUGAAGAAUCGGUGAUGUUACUAAACGAAGGGUCUGUGUAUCUCAACGUAUGUCGCCAAACAAAAGAAGCGAUGGAGCAGAAGGAAUCAAAACUCAAGGUCUUGACAGGAUUGGAAGUUCCCUUAACAGUAGAGAAAGUUAAGUACAUAAACUUUUUCGAUGUUCCAUUGAAGGACUUUCAAUUCAAAUUGAUAUCACAUUGCAUGGCAGCGCAGGAAUCGGCUGUAAGUAAAGGAACCCAAUGUAAGGCUGAAGGAGCUCAAAAAAGAAGGGAGGCAGAUUGCUUGAGGCAGAAAGGAAACGAAGCCGUUAGGAGCAAAAAAUUCGAAGAAGCAUUGGCUCUCUACACAGCUGCUAUUGAAUGUAUCAGAGAUGAUCCUCGAUUAUACAGCAAUCGAGCUCUUUGUGAGUUAAAGCUUCAAAACCCAGAAGCUGCAUUAAGUGAUUGUGAAAGCUGCUUAAACAUAGAAGAGCGAAACAGCAAAGCGUUGAUGCGUAAGGCGUGGGCUUUGUACGAGCUUUCUAAAAAAGACGACCGGGAACCAAAGCUUCAAGGUAGAAUGAGAGCUGCUGCUGCUCUUGCAGUGCAUUAUGAUUCAACUCUACUAAAAGAUAAGCUUUUCAAUCAAAUGUUUCCAAACGUGGAGUUUAAAGAACUCUCUAAUUCUUCAGAACUGGCUGCAUCGUUCAUGUACAGCGUUCCAGGCAAGACGUAUCUCCUUCAUGACGGACAUUACGACUUCCACGGUGCGAUGCUUGAUGUUGACACGCAGCUAGUAGCUCUCAAAAGGCAUCAGGUCACAUUAAUAUUUGUUGAUUUGGGUGUAUUUCAAUCACGUCUUUAUGCAGAGGGCUUAGUUUUUGCUAAAGGUAAUGGAAGUAUUGUAUGCCAACAGAAUGGAUCUCUAGAUUUUUUUAAAUGCAAAAUAUCUGGUGGUUUUAGCUGCUGCAAGGAUUAUCCAGAUUGUAAUGGUGGAACUGGAUGCAUUGCUGGCCAAUUUUUUGGAAUAAAAGCAUGUGACCGUACGGGAAAGUUUGGAGCGUCAGAAGUAUCUGGUGUGAUUGGCACUCCAAGUAUUCGAAUCAUGCAAGAGAGUGACUGCAAUGUGGAAAACUGUGAUGUUACCGAAUGCGGAGGGAAGGCCAUCAUAUGUCAAGGCGAGGGAUCUGUACUAAGAGUGGCAUCAUCUCGAGUGUAUGGCAAUCCGCAGUCUGGGCUUGAAGUUGUUUCUGGGGCCUGUCUUGUUGCAGUAAAUAACGAAAUUUAUGGAAAUGGCUUCCGUGGUAUAAUGAUCAGUCCAUCUCCUGGCACGUGUGAGAUUUCUAAGAACAGAAUAUACGAAAACAAAAAAGACGCAAUCACUGUUUUCCAAACAGAUAAAAAACUUGUGAUAGAUAAUAAUAGAAUCUAUCAUAAUUUUGGCUUUGGUAUUCAGUUAUCAAAUUGUGGUCAAGGAGAAAUAAUGGAAAACGAGAUAUUUGAGAAUAGUUUUUAUGGAAUUGGUUUUGAGAAAACCUCUAUAUUGGUCGUUGAAAAGAAUGUUAUUUAUAGCAACAAAUGCGGUGGCAUUUUCAUUGGUCCUAACCAUGCUGGUCGGAUAGUUAUUGAAUCAAAUAUUGUUAGAGAUCACAAUGGGUCUUGGCUUGUGAAUCAAAACGUGCCGCAGCCGCGGUGUAGGUUUCCCCAAAGGAUAAAUGCUACAAAAGCAGAAUUUCAGUAUUAUGCCAUCGCUCCUAUUCUUUGCGAUAACGAGCUCCUGAAAAACGAAGAGUGCAUGUUUCAUCCAAAAGAAAGAUUGAUAUCAGUCCAAAGAGAGUGUGCGUUCUGCCGCAAGUCAAAUAACCUUUCAAGGUGUUCAAGAUGUAACAUGGCGUCCUACUGUAACAGGAAGUGUCAAGAAAAACACUGGAGUAAACACAAAGCUUUGUGUUCUGCCCUUAAUGAUCAGUAUUCAUUAACCAUCGAGCUAAAGCAAUCUUCGGAAUGUACUUUAGUUUUCCAGAACAUGCAUUUUGGUUCUCACUUGAAAGGCAUCGGAGAGGGUCCAAAACCAGAUCCAAAGAGCAAUCAAAGGUUUAUCGUAAAAAUUCAAACGCAAAGUGGUAAUUGCCAUCCACUCCAGAUUUUGACCGCCUACGACAAAAGUCUUUCGGUUUAUGGUGAGUUUCAGAGUCCAGAGAUAUUUAAUAUUGUUAUGGAGUGUGGUGUUCUUGGAAAAUUCGUCCAUUUUACAAGUAAAAAGGCUUUCUUUGAUGCAACAUUUGUCGAUGGGGGAAAGAAACUGAAAAUUUAUAUGGGAAAACUAGCGCCUUACCAGGAGUGGUAGUUGCUGUUACGCCAAAAGAAACAAAGAGAAUCAAGCCCUAGCUCUGCUGCCUCGGAUUUAGACGGGUUGAAAUCCAAAAUCAUUUUACUAAUUGGCUGAUCGAUUUGGCCACCUGGAUCACAGUAAAAAUUGUGUUAAAUAUGAUGAUAAUUUGACUUCAUUCGUCUCUAUAUCCUUUAGCUCUUCUUGUCUAUUUUAGUUUAUUAUUAUCCGCACAGCAAGUAUAUACAAUUUGUAGCCACUAGAGACAUAUGCUCUACACCGGGUCCAGUAACCGAGAAGCAGAAAUGUCAGACUUCUUCAAGAACCAUUGCAUGUAACCAUCGAGCACUGACUUGCGGAUUGUUUUACGUAUCACAUUAAAUGUGGUGACGUUAAACUGUGGAUGACAAGCUGACCUAGUCACCACAUUUGUCAGAUGAGUUAAAAAGAGUUUUGCAAAUAAACUCAACUUCUUGAGAAAAA